AUGGCCACCACUGCUGUUACCCUUAAAGACGUCUGCCCACAAGAAUUCAUUGCUACCUACGCAAGAUUCUUAAAGAAAACUGGUCGUGUUCAAAUCCCAAAAUGGAAUGAUAUCGCCAAAACUGCCACCUACAGAGAACUCCCACCAACCAACCCAGAUUGGAUUUACUACAGAAUUGCCACCCUUGCCCGUAAAGUUUACAUCCGUGGUGGUGAUGGUGUUGCAACCUACAGAAGAGUUUUCGGUGGUAACCGUAGAAACGGUGUCAGACCAAAUCACUUUGCCGAUGUCAAUGGUGGAAACAUCCGUUAUUGUUUAAAACAAUUACAAAACUUAAAAGUCAUUGAAACCGACGCUGUCAAAGGUGGUCGUACCAUCACUGCUACCGGCCGUAGAGAUCUCGACAGAAUCGCCAAGCAAAUCUAUGACAAAAAAAACAAAAUCUAA